GCUACCAUGGUGAUCAUUAGGUGUUCUCCCUGUGUGAAUGUUCCCUGUCCACUAGUUCAGAGUUCUCUUGUCGAAGAAGCCUGGUUGCCGCUGUAUGGCCUCCUCUGGCAUGACUUAUGCUCACCACCAGCCAUCACGCAGAAAACCUGCCUGUUCUCCUCGGAUUUCUCCAAAGCUUUUGUUCUGGAAUCUCUCUGGCACUCUCUCCACAGCUAUCCGCGCCCCCGAGGAGAAAACGCGCACCUCGGCACCCCGCCCCGCCGCGCGCCUUCUGUGUGCGUGAGUGUGAGUGAGGGACCGCGGGGAGGGGGAGUGCCAGCUUGUUUGUGCAGUUUGAGUGUGCUGGGGUGAGAGAGGAAGGCAGAGAGCCGACAGUAGGGACGGAGCGCAGAAGCGAGCGCAGUUUUCUCUCACAGGCUUUCGCACAAACAUCACAUAGUAUGCGUAAAGAUUCGAGUGCGGACCGGCACUAGACCAGAAGGGCAGCUGAACUCCUCCACGACCCCAUGAGUUUGGUUUGGCCUGCCAGGACCACCUGAGACUAGUGGUGAGCUAGUCGCAGUACCCUCGGCUGUACCCAGCAUCUCCCGUUCCCGUCUCCUUCUUCCUCUGCCUAUUCCCGUCACCUUCUGCCUUGUCUUUCCUGCUUCUCGUGGGAAUCAAACGCCGUGAUGUCUCUCUCCGCCUCUCCUGCCCCCUUCCUCCUCUUCUUCCUCUUCCUUCUUCCACUGCCACCCUGCCAGCCAGAGUCCCAGCGCAGUGACCCCAGCGUGAACCCUGACCCAAGAACAGCCUUGCCCUCCAUAUUUCCCUCCUCCUCCGUCCUGCCUUCCUUAUCUAAUGAUAAUAGUACAUCACCCAGCAUUGGGGAUAAGUGUGAUGAGGUGGCCAAGUGCAACCCGGGCAUCCUGUUGCCUGUCUGGAAGCCCGAAAACCCCGGACUCGGUUACCAGGUGGCCAGAGCUGUGGUCUACUUCCUGUCACUCAUGUACAUGUUCCUGGGAGUGUCCAUCAUUGCUGACCGCUUCAUGGCAUCCAUAGAGGUCAUCACAUCUCAGGAGAAGGAGGUGACCAUCACUAUGCCUAACGGGGAAACUUCAGUGGCGACGGUUCGAAUCUGGAAUGAAACAGUGUCCAAUCUGACACUCAUGGCUCUGGGCUCCAGCGCUCCAGAGAUACUGCUCUCUGUUAUAGAGGUGUGUGGUCACGAAUUCAAGGCUGGCCAGUUGGGUCCAGGAACCAUCGUCGGCAGUGCCGCCUUCAACAUGUUUGUGAUCAUCGGGAUCUGCGUGUGGGUGAUUCCCAAUGGCCAGAGCCGAAAGAUCAAACAUCUGCGGGUGUUCUUCAUCACCGCGUUCUGGAGCAUCUUCGCCUACAUCUGGCUCUACCUUAUCCUGUCUAUCAUAUCGCCGGGCGUCGUGGAGGUGUGGGAGGCCCUGGUCACCCUGCUCUUCUUCCCUGUCUGCGUCAUCCUGGCUUGGAUCGCUGACCGGCGCCUGCUCUUCUACAAAUACAUGGGCAAGCGUUACCGAGCCGACAAGCGCCAUGGCAUCGUUGUCGAGACUGAAGGGGAUUUGACACCCAACAAAGGCGGCAUGGAAAUGAUCAUAGAUGGCAAGUUCCCAGCGCGAGGGGGCGCUGUGGUUCCUGCUGAAAACUGUGGGGGCGGCACUCAGGACGGGACCACAGGCGCCGCAGCCAACAACAUUGGAGCAGCAGCAGGAGCCGUGGGAACAGGAGGGGGAGCCAAUCUGCCCCACUCCAACAGCGCUACAGUCAAUGUGGAAAGCAGCAAGGAGCUGGAUGAGAGCCGCAAGGAGGUGAUUCGUAUCUUGAAGGAGUUGAAGCAGAAAUAUCCUGAUAAAGAGCUGGACCAGCUGGUUGAGCUGGCCAACUACUACGCCCUGCUGCACCAGCAGAAGAGCCGAGCUUUUUACCGCAUUCAGGCAACUCGUAUGAUGAUCGGAGCCGGAAAUGUCCUGAAGAAGCAUGCAGCAGACCACGCGCGGCGCACAGUCGUAGCUGAUGAGGAGGCCCCAGAAGACGACGACAUGGCUGUGUGCAGCCGCAUCUCGUUUGAGAGUCCUCACAGUCAGUGCAUGGAGAACUGCGGCGUUCUGAUGCUGGCUGUGGUGUGUCAAGGUGGUCUGGGAGAGAACACUUUCUAUGUGGACUACAGAACAGAAGAUGGUUCGGCCAACGCUGGGUCAGAUUACGAUUACACCGAAGGAACGCUGGUGUUCAAGCCUGGAGAGACUCGCAAAGAGAUCAAGAUUGGCAUAAUCGAUGAUGACAUAUUUGAAGAGGACGAGCACUUCUUCGUCCGCCUGUUGAAUCUGCGUGUUGGUGAUGCAGAGGGGAUGUUUGAAAGCGACGAAGUGGGUGCCACACCCAAAGCUCGCUUAAUGGAGCCCCUGGUGGCCACGGUGACUAUCCUGGAUGACGACCAUGCUGGCAUCUUCACGUUUAGCGAACGUAUGGUGCGCGUGAGUGAGAGCGUGGGCACAAUGGAGUUGACGGUGGUGCGCAAUUCAGGCGCCCGUGGCACAGUCAUCCUGCCGUACCACACCGAGUCAGGCACCGCCAAGGCUGGAGAAGACUUCGAGGAAGCCCGAGGAGAGUUGGAGUUCACCAACGACCAGACCAGUCAGACUCUCCAGGUGAGGAUAAUUGAUGAUGAAGAAUAUGAAAAACAUGAAAACUUCUUCAUCGUGCUGGAGGAGCCGCGCUGGCUGAAGAGAGGAAUCUCAGCUCUGCUGCUCAACCAAGAGGGGACAGAGGGGCAGAUGACUGCUGAGGAGGAGGAGGCUCGGAGGAUAGCAGAGAUGGGGAAGCCCAUCCUGGGAGAGUACAGCCGCCUGGAGGUGGUCAUUGAAGAGUCAUAUGAGUUCAAGAGCACUGUUGACAAGCUCAUUAAGAAGACCAACUUGGCGCUGGUUAUCGGCACACACUCCUGGAGGGAACAGUUUGUGGAGGCGGUCACUGUCAGUGCAGGUGAUGGCGAUGAUGACGAGGAGGAAGGUCGUGAGGAGCGCCUUCCAUCUUGUUACGACUACGUCAUGCAUUUCCUCACCGUCUUCUGGAAGGUUCUGUUUGCCUGCGUCCCGCCAACAGAGUACUGGAACGGCUGGGCCUGCUUCUUCGUGUCCAUCAGCGCCAUCGGGCUCCUCACCGCCGUCAUCGGGGAUUUGGCAUCGCAUUUCGGCUGCACCGUGGGGCUGCGGGACACUGUGACCGCCGUGGUGUUUGUGGCGCUGGGAACUUCCAUUCCAGACACCUUUGCUAGCAAAGUGGCUGCCAUACAAGACCAGCAUGCAGACGCAUCGGUUGGAAAUGUCACUGGCAGCAACGCAGUCAACGUGUUCCUGGGGAUCGGAGUGGCAUGGUCAGUGGCCGCCGUGUACUGGAGAAUUAAAGGAAAGGAGUUCCGGGUGGAUCCUGGAUCACUGGCGUUCUCUGUCACGCUCUUCACCAUCUUCGCGUUCAUCUGCAUGUCCGUGCUAUUGUUCAGACGCCGGCCCUCCAUCGGCGGAGAGCUUGGCGGCCCGAAAGUGUCCCGCCUCCUGACCACCCUCCUGUUCCUGGGUCUGUGGUUCCUCUACAUCCUCUUCUCCAGCCUAGAGGCCUACUGUCACAUCAACGGCUUUUAAAGAGGAGAUGAAGAAUGUUCCAGAAGAAUUUUGCACAGCAGCACACACAAAAUCGUUGACUCUCAGCCCAUUUAGUCCACGGUUUAACACAAAACAAGUGUAAGAUUCAUCUGGUUAAUAGGGCUUCAGAUACAUGUUCACAAACACUACAUUUAAGCAUGUGUAAACAGCGCAUUUUAAACACAUUCAUUGUUACUUGGAAGAUGAGGGUUAAGAGGAAGUAUUUUUGGAGGGUGAGAGUGUGAAAACGAAAGGUUACUGCGGAUAGUUAACGGGGAGCAGACGGAGAGUGACAGAGAAUGACUGUGACGGGAGAUUCAGAGGUGAAAAGAAGGUCAGGUCAGUCAGAGGAGUGCUGCUUUAUUCACUUUAAAGCCAGGUGUGUUUAUUUUGGGUUGAGGAGCUCACUUCCAGGAUCAGACCACUGAGACGGAUCACAAACCUGUGAGCAUUGAAGGAAAAAUACCUUUGUUUUCCUUUAGUCUCUCAUUCAAACCAUCAACUCUGCAGCUUCAUGUUUCUUCACUGAGGAAGUGGAGGAGCACUGCAUCAAAUAAGGAGUCGAAUGUUUACAACAACAUUACAUUUGUUUACUACUAGAGGUUCUUGUAUAGUGGUGAUGCUUGUCUAAUACGCAGUAUAGCUGAAGGUGGCUCUCCACACGCGCUGUAAAUAGUACAAACCGUUGUACAUAUAGAGUGUAGUAAUUUCACAGGGCAGGCUGCCACACAAAAGGAUGCAGAGACAGAAAUGCCAGGUUUCUACUGUCGCUGUCAGCAAAGCUUCGAUGAUUUUCAAUGCACAGACUGGAACACUGGUAGUUGCAAAUAUUACAAAUGUCAGCGGUUUUAGUUUUAGCGACAUGCUAAGUGGAAAAUAAAAGUUUUAGCAACCAAAACAAGUAAAUAAGAAGCUGCAUAAGUGUAACACUGACUAAAAGAACAUCUUUGUACUAAUCUCUUUACCGGACCACAGCCUCUGACAGGGGCUUGCAUAUAAAGCUGAAGGAUUAGUUUUUGCAUGUAUAGCCAUGUACAGAGCAUCUUCACAUUAUAUGUCAUGUACAUGCUAUGAAAAAGGGAAUAACCAGCCUAAUUAUCCACCUGUAAAUUACAUCCCUGUGUUUUUGUGUCGACUCGGUGAACAGAAACUGUCAGCUAGUCCUUGAUGUUAAAUCUUCCUGUAUAAAACAGAAGAAGCCGUUUGGUCCGGGAGGAACAAAAAGGACAUUUUCCUCUCCUGAAGGACCAAAUAUGCGCUCACACACUCCCGAUGUGUGCAGUGUCAUUUAAAAACUUUGUCUGAGGCAGUCAGAUGGGCUGAUGAGCUGCAGUCAGCCAUCGCUGUGUUACUGUUAGUGGCAGACUCGUCCAUUCCUUUAUCUUAAGUGACAGCAGCAUGGGCAGACAAACAUGUACGGGUAGUUAACAAGACUCAACAGUGUUAGUUUACUCUCAAAAAUAAAGUCUCUAAAGUUGCUGAUUGCCAUCAUCAGCAUCCGGUCUGCAGCGUUUGUUAGGAAAAAGCUAAUAAUCUACACAUUAAUUAGGCUGCAGGACUGUAGUCUACAGCACACUAAUGCUUUAAGAUAGCAAACAAAGAAUGCCUUAAGGGAAGCUCAAGUAAAAAAAUCUAGUAUUAAAGAUUUCUGCUGUACAAACUGCCCAGGCUGCACUUUAUUUAACGUAACUAAAACACUGUGUUGUGCUUAUUUUUUCCUCCAUCAUUCUAUAAGUGGUUACUGUGCAAUAUACGAAGGGAGAACUGUCUUGUGUUUCCACUGGUUCGGAUAACACCAGAUCCAGGUGGACCCAUCAUGUUGUCCUGUGCGAUGUAAUUCAUCUAUUCAUGUCUGCUUAGAGCACAUGUACCAAACAUGUUCAAAAUUUACUUUCCUUCUUUAUGGAAAGCCAGCGCACCGUUUGUAAUAACAAAAAAAGAAGGUUCUGAUUAAAGACCAGAGGGUCUACCUGAAACGAGGAUGUCUACACGGGAGCAGCACAGUCAUCAUAGUGCCACAGCAGGAAACAUGGCUCUGCAAGGCAUGCAUGUGUUGCUCAGUAUUGCAUGGCAGACUUGGAACAAAUGUUCACAAGCUACUGAAGAAACCGGCUGCUAAAUACACCAUAAAACACUGGAUGGUGUGCGAACACGCUCUAAUUCGUUUCGACAUUUCCACGCUGGCACUUCAGGGCUACUAUGUUCAGCACUGAGAUGCAUGAAGCAGGAAAGCCAGCGUGUGAAAAAUGUCACAACAAACAGCAGUAAGAUUGUCUUAUAAUAAUAAUAAUGACUAGAAGCUUUAAUUAUUAUUAUUAUUAUUAUUAUAACUGCCUAAUUUCAGUCCCAUUAAAUAUAUUUCUUUGAGGACAUUGCAUUAUAAACCUCUCACCCACAGAUGAUAAGUGCUAUACAAGUGGAACUCUUUAUUAUUGUUGUUAAACAUGAUAAUUUGAAAAGGAUUUGAUUGGUUAACCCUGACUAACUUUGUAAACUUUCUAAAAUCCAGUUUUGUAUCUUUUUCCUUGCAGAUGUAGCCAAGGUAGAUUAUUUUGUAUUUCUAAACAACAAUUAGGAUAGUUUCAGUGUAUAAAGCUGGUAUGUAGACUACAUGGUGUCUGAAUUUAGUGGGUUAGACUUUGAUAUAUUUUCCACAGUGAGAAAUCUCCCCUUUAACGGUGUAGUAGUGCAUCAUAACCAAACUUUAAAGCAUCUAAUUUACUGAAAUACAUGGUCCGCUAACUCAUUUGUGUCUUUGUUUUUCAUGUAUAGUAGAUAAUUUAUAUAUUUAUUUAUUUAUAGAAGAUUAUUUCUCUAAGCAUAAGAUGUGCUGCAGGUCCUUGAGGAGAACAGUUUGGAGUUUAUUCGAGCAAUUAGGUUUCAAUGUGCAAUACGAGAAAAGGUUCCGCUGCAGCUUACAUUGUUCGAGCUCGGUCCGUGUCUUUUUUUCUGCCGCAGUGUUUGUCAUAACCCUCCGCCAGUGUACACUUCUUCAUGUCGUCCUUGUGACGGAGGAACUUUGAGUGUAAGUAGCAUGUUUACAUAAAGAAACAGUGUGGAACAUUGCCAGUAUAAUUGUCAGUCUCAGGCUGUUGUGAGCUAAAGUUUUGUAGAUAUUAGCCGUGGCUGUGAGGCAGGUUUGUUGUGUGUGAGGUUCAAACAAUCCCCUGAACAGUAGUUUACUCACUCAAACCACCAGGUGGGACCAACAAUAGAUAUGACACACACACACAUGCAGAGGUCUGCUGAACUCUUGUGUAAUGACCAGCACCAGCAGGAACAGAGCGAAUCACCUCCACAAUGUGUGCAUUUGUGACCUCGGUGUGGCCCAGGAGCCAAAAACAGAACUGUCUACAAUGUCCGGACAAUGUUCCAUGUUUCCACAAACUUCUGUACUAACUGUCGGCCUUUGGCUUUCGCUGUUCUGUAGCUAGAUGUAAUGCCCCCACCCCCCAGCUCUUUUCAGCCUCCCCUCCUUACCUGCCCCUUCCCAGUGUGCAUCCAUGUUUGCUUCCCCUCCUGUGUUCCCCUGCACAUGCAUGAUGAAGCCCGGUGUACGUACGUUAUAGCAGCAUGGUCUACUGUGAUGGAUGCCUGUAGGUUAUUCUGUCGGAUCGAUUCCCCACAGUAGGAUUUCAAAACAUCUGAGUCUUCUUGUGAAAUAAAGUGAACAAGUGUGACACGCACAACCACAGCUCGGUUCAGACAGACUGAACAGAAACACAAACAAGCGCCAUUCCUGGAGUCAGAGUCUCCUCCUCACCUGUUUCUGUAGAAGCUAUGAAAAGAGAUCCUGCUGUGCUGGGUCCAGGCUACAUCCCAGGUCAUCUUUUUGUUUUUUGGUGUAUGAUAUUUCAGUGUCUGUGUUCGUGUUCAGCCUCCUCUCCUCCCCUCCCAGGUCUUGCUCUCUUCAGUGUGUCUCUUUGUGAAGUCGUUUCCUGUGAUGAUGAAAAUUUCUCUCUGCCUGAAUCUUUGUAGGGAAAUAUUGACUGAAAUUACUACAAUGUCAUGUGAUAGACAUAUACAUUUAUUCGAUACUGUAAUAAAUUAACUGAAGAUGAUAUUUAAGGUUUUUUUUUAUGAAAUGCAAGAAAAAAAAUCUUAGAAAAAAACUUGGUUUUGAAUCAUGGCAUGAGGUGUAACGUGUUCCUGAAAGAAAACGAAGGUCUUUA